AUGGAUAACGGGAAUUACGAGAAUGUGUUGGGCAACUAUUACCUGUGUUUCAACAGAUCCUACACUUUGAAAGAGACGAUCGCGCACAUGCUUGAACAUCACAGUGACACCCAAUCAGUAGAAGAGAUCAAGUCCAGGUUUCAGAGAUUCCACUCGAAUACACGUCUGGUUAAGGCGAUUGCCAUGAGAAACAAGAUGAACGAGGGAGCGCAACUUCCCCCAAAUCCAGCACCAACUGUACAGGAGAGCUACAAAAAGUGUUUCGACAACUUCUUCACUGUGGAGGAGAUGAUCCAGUACAUGGCCAAUAAGCACGCACAGCAAGAAGCGACCGUACGUAGGAUUUUUGGGAAUGUCCUGAGAAACUACGGCGACUCAGAUUACCACGAUGUGGCACAGGAAAGAUCCGUUGAAAGGAUGAUGCUAGUACAGUUGAAUGAAUGGAACAGGAAUCGGAAGAGGUCCGUCCUCAUUGAUCGUCUAAGCAUUCUCCCUAAAGACGACAGAGAUCUAGUGCAGUCUCUCUCAAACGAAGACAGGCAUCUACUCUGUUUCUUCAUUUCUAAGGACUUUGUUAACCGAGAAGGAGAUCCUGGUUAUGUUCGAAUUGGAGCCCAUGCACCAUGCUUCCAUUGCCAUUGCUUUGAGUGCUGCUACCACUACUCUCUCCUUCUGGAUUCUUCAGGCAAUAGUUUACUCAUCCAGAGGAUCAUCGACGCUUACGAUCAUGCUGCAGAAAAGCAUAGAAUUGCACAAGAAGAGCAGAAAAUGGCACAAGAGAGAGCGGAGCAGGAAGCAGAAGAAGCUAUUAACAAAGACAAUAUGUCGUUGGUUUUAUCAAGUGAAGGAGAUGGGCCACAUAUGCAAGCCCAAUGUCAUAAGAAGGAAGAAGAAGUUGUGAAGCCCAAGCAUGUGACUGACUGCAUAUACAGAGCUCCUGUCUCACGCAAAGUAUGUGAACAACGACGUUUCGUGAACCGUUUUGACGUCCUCGAGUCCAAUGCUAUUUCCAGUCAUUAG